CAGGACAAUCCUGGAGAGAUUCCAGCAUCCUGAUUGGCUGCUCCCCUUUGUUUAGGGUUUGCAGAUUAGACAGUGCCACACCUGGUGAUAGGCCUCAGUGCUGCAAACCAUCCCCCCAGGGUUCAGUUUUUAAACCUGAGUGAUAGUACUGCAAUGCUGUUUGGUUUGGGCUUGUUGUAACGUGAAACAUAGGAAUGUUUACAUUUAAAAAAAAUAAGCUUUGAGUGGAAUAGAAAAUAUUUCUAUAGUUUAUUUUAAUUAACAAAGUCUAACAUCCUGGUCUAAACUUCCUGUGUCUCCUUCUCACACUGACAAAAUGUUAUUUAUUUAUCUCUGAGCCUGCAAUUUGAUUCGUGUGAGCAGACGCCUGCACAGAGCCCCCGAGAGGUGCAAGGUUCCAGCGAUGGGGAACAGCUGGUAGGAUCUAGGCUUUAGAGAGCUCCAUCAGCGGGACCACUCAGGGAGGAACUCUCUGCGUGGCAGUAAGUAUUUACACCAUUGGGACACCGAGAAUGAACAAAGAGGGAGAUGGAAGAGAUCAGAAAAACGGUGACUGAGAAGUGAUAUUUAGCACAUGCCUUGUUUGUUCCAUAAUGUUUGCUAUUUUAUAUUUCAUAGCUUUAAAUAUUACAUAUUUAAAAAAAAAAACGAAUAGGCGAAAAACAUAGAGAAAGAACAGGUUUGCCCAGCCCUGCUUGAUUAUUUUACGUUAGGAAUUUUUUUUUCAUCUGACUCAGUCUCAAACACAAUGGGAGAGGAGAGGAUUUUUCAUUGUUUGUCAUUAAUCCUACCAGAAAAAGGGUGUUCAGCAUCCAUUGUUUAACAUUCUUAUGGCGGAUCCCUGGAAGUUAACUCUGCCCCUCCCCAGAUUCCAAACUUCCAGUAAUGCAGCUUUUCUUUUGUCUGUGUCUUCUUCCCUACCCGAGCUGCUGCCACCCACCCCUUCUGAAUCGGUUAUCGGAUGCAGCGUUAACAGCACGGGUCACAACUUCCGUAUGAGUCACACACACACAAACCCUCCCUUUCCCGCUCGCCUUGGACAGUGGGGAGGAGAGAAAGAUCUUCUCUUUCCCCCUACCCUGCCCUAGGAACAGCAACUCAGCCGGGCAAAUGACACCGCAUUCCACCCUGCCUCCCGCGUCCCAGCUUGAAAAAACAAGUUUUUUUGUUUAAAAACAAAGCAGGUGCCCUCACUAAACGUUGCAUUGGAGGGACAGCUGCUGUGUUCAGGAAUAAGGCAGGAAAUCUGAGCAAGGAAAGCUAAAGUAAAGUUGUCUGUGUAUCAAGGUCCCUGUGCAUCGGUAAUUAUCCGGGUAAUUAUCCGGCAACGCUGCAAGGCCGCCCACCCCACCCCAUAUCAUUCCAAUCCAUAUCCAAGCUGCUAGGGCAAUGGAGCUCAAGAAUGUGGUAGAGACUGUGGAAAGCGGGGAACAAGACGCUAUCCUCAAGGUGCUGCAGAUCUACAACCAGGAGAAGUCUCAGUGUUUCACCUUUGAAGAUGAAGAGCGGGAGGAGAGGAAGAAAAUGGCCCAGCUGCUGAUCAAGUUCCUGGAGAGAGAGCUCCAGCCCUCCUGCCAAGUCACAUGUUUGGAAAGCAUCCGCAUACUGUCCCGGGACAAAGGCUGCCUUGACCCCUUUACCACCGGGGAAGGCCUGCAAACCUUGGCCAGACACGCUGGCAUUGAUUACUCAGAGGAGCUCAUUCGGGAAGUCCCAGACCUAGAUGUGAUCCUGGAGGCCCUCAAAUGCCUCUGCAACAUCGUCUUCAGCAGUCCCCGGGCACAAGAGCUGACGGCUGAGGCCCGGCUCGUGGUGGGUCUUACGGAGCGCAUCAAACUCUACAAUGAGAAGAACCUCCCCCAUGAGGUCAAGUUUUUUGACCUGCGUCUUCUGUUCCUGCUGACAGCACUGAGGGUGGACAUCCGGCAGCAGCUGGCCCAGGAGCUCAGGGGCAUCAGCCUGAUGACAGACACCCUGGAGCUGACGCUAGGGGUGAAAUGGCUGGACCCCCAUGAGGUAGCCACUGAGGGGAGCCCUCCCCUGCCCCUGCCACGCCAGGAGACAGAGCGUGCCAUGGAGAUCCUUAAGGUGCUCUUCAACAUCACAUUUGACUCCAGCAAGAGGGAGGUGGAUGAGGGCCAGGAAGAUGCUGCUCUGUACCGACGCCUGGGCGCUCUCCUGCGUCAUUGCCUGAUGAUUUCAGCUGAUGGAGAGGACCGGACAGAAGAGUUUCAUAGCCACACAGUUAACCUCUUGGGCAACCUCCCUCUCAUGUGUCUGGAUGUCCUGUUGACCCCGAAGGUGCGGCCAGGCUCGCUUGAGUACAUGGGCGUUAACAUGGAUGCAGUCAGUGUCCUGCUGGAUUUCUUAGAGCGACGACUUGACAGGGGUCACAAACUGAAGGAGACCCUGACCCCUGUGCUGAACCUGCUGACAGAGAGUGCCCGUGUCCACCGCCAGACAAGGAAGUUCCUCAAAGCUAAGGUGCUGCCUCCGCUGCGGGACGUGAAGAAUCGCCCCGAGGUGGGGAACUUGCUACGGAACAAGCUUGUGCGCCUGAUGACUCACAUUGACACCGACGUGAAGCACUGCGCAGCCGAGUUCCUCUUUGUGCUCUGCAAGGAGAGCGUGUCGCGAUUUGUGAAGUACACAGGAUAUGGCAAUGCAGCCGGGCUCCUGGCAGCACGAGGCCUCAUGGCAGGAGGGCGGGCAGAGGGAGAGUAUUCUGAGGAUGAAGACACGGACACAGAGGAAUACAAGGAAGCUAAGCCCAACAUUAACCCAGUGACAGGCCGUGUGGAGGAGAAGCUCCCCAACCCCAUGGAAGGGAUGACUGAGGAGCAGAAGGAGUAUGAAGCCAUGAAGCUGGUUAACAUGUUUGACAAGCUGUCCAGACAGCAAGUCAUCCAGCCAAUGGGGAUGACUCCAGGGGGCAAUCUCACCUCUCUGGAGAACGCUGUGCAUGAGCUGGCAGAGGAGAGAUCAUCGUCUGACUCUGACUUGGGGUUGGACUGAUUCACACCUCUCAACUCCCCCCUCCCCCCAAGGACUGUGGGCUCUCCACUCUCCCUUCAGAACUGGUGCUGCAUCCAGAGGAUAGUACUGGGUGAGGACUUUCCCAGUGGGAUCUGAAUCAGGACUGGAGUCCACUGCCCAGACAGAUAACAACCACCUCCUCUCCGGUCCCAUAACCACCUCUCCUUUCCCAAAGAGCUCGCCACAGCUUGGUUUCAUCUUGGUCUCUUUCCCUCCGUGUCCCUGAGGAUCUCACACUCCAACCCAAGCCCAGGAUUGUCCAGUAGGACUUUUAUAAAGAAAGAUUGGGAAGGGGGAGGAGGGAAUAUCUUCUUACACCAACAGGGUCCAGUAGCAUGUGGAGCAUUGUGUGUGCUGACUUCUGUGUAGGCACAUCACUGUGUGCGCAUCUGGGUGUUUUUAUGGGGUGUGGGUGCGUUUAUAGUAUGUGAGGCACUUGUGCAGCGUGCAUACAUUUGUAAGGGCACACAAGGGUAUGCCUAUGUCAGAGAACAUAUGUGGGAAUUUGGGAACAUGAGAUGUGUGUGAAUGUGUAUAUAUAAGUGGAGUAUAUGCCCGGGACAUACGUGUAGUGAUUAGAAGAGUGUGGGCAUUACAUGUCUGCAUACUGAUGGUAUGUACUUGUAUGGGUGAGCCUGGGUGUAUUGGGUGUAUGCAAUUGUAUAUGUACAGAUGGGCACAUGUCAACAUGUAAUAUUUAGGUACACAUAUAGAUAAUAUUUGUGGGCGUGUGAGGGGUGUAUACAUGAGUGGCUGUGGAGCGUACAGGUGGGAAUGUGAGUGUAAUAUUUAAGCACAUCUGCCUGUUGGGACUCAUGUUAGGAUACAUGUGCUGUGUGGGGAGCACAUGUGGGGGUAUGAGAAUAUAGCUCUUAUGAGAAACUUUCAGCACUCACACUGACUGCAGGAUUGACAUUUGCAGGUGACUGGCAGCAAUGCUUUGAUUUGUAGUCUAUAGCACUGUGCAGUGUUCCUGUUUCCACUACCCUCAGUUUUCUGGACUAACUUCUCCCAUUCUGCUUUCUGAACGAAAGGCAGAGACCCCCUUGCGUAGUUUCUUGCUGAAUCAUCUGCUUCAGCUCCCACAAAUCCCCAGCUCUUUGCACUCCCAGGCUGGUAUCAAAUCCCCUCCUGCACUCUGGCGUAGACUUUUCUGUUUAAAGAAGAGAAACUAUCUUCCAAUUUGUCUCCUCCUGUACCAAGAGUUUCAGAACAUAUUAGCACAAAUAGAAAGAAUUACACUAGAAUAAAGGAAACCUUCUGACAGA